AUACGCUGCCGUAAUAAAAAAGAAAUAUAUUUUUUUUCAAAUCGUUUAAUGCGAAAAAUCAUUUGAAAAUAAUGUCUGACUCAUCCGACGUGGAGAUGUUUUUUGAAGCAGCUGCUGGAAAAAUAGCAAAAAUGUCUAAUUCAUCGGCUAAGACUAUCAUAUUACAAUUUCACGAUAUAAAUGAACCAUCAUCUUCGAAAGAUAAUAAACUUUCAUGUGGAUUUCAUUUGACUAAAACUUUGUGGGAUGCAUAUCCUUGGAUAGCACUCGUUGAAAAUGAAAGUGUCGCUAAUCGAGCAGGAUUAAGACCAGGUGAUUGCUUACUUAACGUUAAUGAUAUCGAUUUGUUGGGUUUAAAAUUAAAAGAUAUUGCUGAUUUGAUAAAAGAAGCAAAAGAAGAUAGAAAUAAUGUAAUGCUUCGUAUUUGGAGAUACGAAUAUCAAUCAUUGGAGAGUGGAGAAGUCACUGGUGUAGCUUGGAAAAGACCACUUCCAGAAAUAGUUAGUAAAUUUGCUAACGUGUUUUCAGAAUGUUUACGCUGUUUAGAAUGUCCAGUUUGUUUGGAACGUGCAGUAUCACCAAUUUCGCAAUGUAUCAAUGGUCAUAUAAUUUGUUUUAAAUGUAAACAAAGAACGUCAAAAUGUCCCAUGUGUAGAGUACCACUUGGCCAUGGUCGUUGUCUUCUUGCUGAAAAACUUUGGAAAGUUAUUUUUGAUAUUUUUGAUACGAAUCACGAAGUUGACAAAUUUAAUAAAUCGUCCAGUAAAAAUCUAACAGAAUAUUUGUUUGGAAAUCUUAAUAAAUUGAAUAUAACAAAAUUACAUGAGAAAAAUACCAAUGUUUCUUAUAAAUUGAAACGAUCAUUAUUAACUAAAUUGUUUCACGGUGGAAAAGCUGCUUCUACGGAAAAUCUUGCAAUGGCAACACAUAGCAACAAUGAAUUAUCAAGAUUAGAAUCUAAUAAUGUCACUAAUAAUAAUAAUAAUAAUAAUCUACAAAGAUUGACUUUAAACGAUCGACUAAAAUCAGCAAGCACCAGUAGAAUUCCAUUAAAACAAGUUAAUCGUGAAAUGGUUGACGAACGUGAACUACAAUCGAAUAUUAGCAUUCAAUUUAGAAGCAUGUACAUAGAUUGGAAUUUUAUGUUAGAUAGAGUGUUAAGUUCAUCAACGAUUAGUAGACUGUUAUCUUGUCCAUUUUAUAUACAGAAAAAGUGUCAAAUUGUUUUAAACAUAAAUAAAUUAUUGGAUCAUUUAAUCAUGUAUCAUAAUAGUAAAAUAGUUCACAUUCGUGAUGGAAAAUUUAAAAUAGAUAUUCCAUCAAUCUAUGGACCUAAUGAUAUU